UUCCUCCAACAAUACCAGAUUUUGCGAGGCCAUCUUCCGUGGAAUGGAGACAAGGACGAUAGCCCCGCCACUUAUGCUGAGGUUCAUGGCAAGUGUCAUCUUGUUUGUUCUUGGUCAUCAAGUUCUUUCCAUAGAUAUUCAAAGAGGAAAACAUUAUGUUGCUGCUGUAUAUGAACAUCAUGCCAUCCUGAAUCCCAAUCCAGCGGCCAUCAUUGAUCGACAAAAUGCAUUACAAUUAAUGAAGCGGAAUCUAGACAUUUAUGAAGAGCAAGUAAUUAAUGCAGCAAAACAGGGAGCCCAAAUAAUUAUUUUUCCUGAAGAUGGAAUUCAGGGUUUCAACUUCACAAGGACGUCCAUUUAUCCUUACCUGGAUUUCAUUCCAAAUCUGGACUCUCUGACAUGGAAUCCAUGCAAAGAAUUUUACUUAUUCAAUGACACUGAGGUUCUCCAUCAACUCAGCUGUAUGGCGUUGAGAAACCAAAUAUUUUUAGUUGUAAAUUUGGGAACUAAAGAGCACUGCAUGCAAAGUGAUCCCCACUGUCCACCAGAUGGAAGAUAUCAGUUUAAUACCAAUGUAGUAUUUAAUGACAAUGGCACACUGAUAGCCAGAUACAGAAAACAAAACCUAUACUUUGAGUAUGCCUUUAAUACUCCACCAGAGAUUGAUUAUACGGUUUUUGAUACACCUUUCGCAGGCAGAUUUGGAAUCUUUACUUGCUUUGAUAUUUUAUUUUAUGAGCCAGCUGUAAACCUUAUAAAGCAAUACAACAUAACCCAGGUGGCAUAUCCUACUGCAUGGAUGAAUCAACUCCCACUUUUGUCUGCUGUAGAAUUUCAACAAGCUUUUGCAAUCGCCUUUAAAAUAAAUCUUUUGGCAGCAAAUAUCCAUCAUCCUGACUUGGGCAUGACAGGCAGUGGUAUAUAUACACCAUCAAAAUCUUUCACUUAUUAUGAUAUGGAAAGCAUUAAUGGGAAACUUAUAGUUGCAGAAAUCCCAGUUAUUACAUCAGAUCAUGAAACUAAUAUGGAAAAUAAUGCAAUGUCCCACAAUGGUCAAAAGAGUUCUUUGAAUUUUUAUAGAGAGAAACAGAUUUGCCAUAAAGAUCAAGAAACUGACUGUAAAAUAGAAGAAAAGCCAUCCCAAGAUUUUUUACCUGUAUUUUAUGGAAUCAUGAUGUAUGAUAAUUUUACCUUAAUGCCCAUACUAAAUGCAGAAGGAAAUAUAGAAGUUUGUUCCAAUACACUUUGUUGUAAUUUAAUCUAUAAGCAAUUAGAAAAAACAAAUGGACUUUAUGUUUUAGGAGCUUUUGAUGAUUUGCAUGUAGUGCAUGGAAGAUACUAUGUUCAAGCCUGUGUAUUAGUUAAAUGUGGUGGACUUAACUAUUCAACCUGUGGGCAAGAAAUCACAGAGGCAUCUGGAUUGAUAGAUUUUCAGCUCCAAGGAAAUUUCAGUACUACUUUUAUCUUUCCUCUCUUGCUAAGAUCUGGGGUCACUCUAGACUUUCCUGACUAUUUGGGCUGGGGGGGGAAAUCCUAUGUCAUGUACAAAAUGGGAGGGUCUUCUGGUUUAAUAACAGCUGGCCUAUAUGGGCGCUGGUAUGAGAGGGAUACAAAUAGUUUUUGA